CCCAGCAGCGACCAGACCUACCGUGUGGCCCUGGGAAAGCACAACCUGGAGGUGGAAGAUGAGGAAGGAUCUUUGUUUGUGGGUGUGGACACCAUCUAUGUCCACGAGAACUGGAACUACGACCUGGCAGUCAACGACAUUGCCCUCAUCAAGCUUGCAGAGCACGUGGAGCUGAGUGACACCAUCCAGGUGGCCUGCCUGCCAGAGAAGGACUCCCUGCUCCCCAACGACUACCCCUGCUAUGUCACUGGCUGGGGCCGCCUCUGGACCAACGGCCCCAUUGCUGAUGAGCUGCAGCAGGGCCUGCAGCGUGUGGUGGAUCACGCCACGUGCUCCAGGAUUGACUGGUGGGGCUUCAUGGUGACGGAAAUCAUGGUGUGUGCUGGGGGCGAUGGCAUCAUCUCAGCCUGCAGUGGGGACUCCGGUGGUCCACUGAACUGCCAGCUGGAGAACGGUUCCUGGGAGGUGUUUGGCAUCGUCAGCUUUGGCUCCUCCCAGGGCUGCAACACCCGCAAGAAGCCGGUAGUCUACACCCGGGUGUCCGCCUACAUCGACUGGAUCAACAAGAAAAUGCAGCUGUGACCUGUUGCUGGGAGCGGCGACAGGGAGUCCCUGUAAGAGCAAUAAAAUUCCUUCUCCCAGGGC